AUGGGCAUCUCUUUAUUCUUCUUCUUCUUGUUUAUGGGAUUGUUUGCAGAGAUUAAUGGAAGGAGCCAAGAUGAAGAGUGCAAGGCGUCAAGGUGCAGUCACCAUGGUCCAGUCAUCCGGUUUCCAUUCCGGCUAAAACACCAGUCAGACCACUGUGGAUAUCCGGAGUUUGAGUUAUCAUGCUCAGAAAAUAAGCAGACCAUACUAGAGCCCCCAUAUUCAUUAAAACUCUCUGUGGAGAAGAUAAAUUACACUUCUCAGGAAAUUAUAGGCCGACCCGAUUAUUGCCAUCGCAGGAAGUUUCAAAACUUUAAUUUAUCUGCCUCUCCCUUCCAGUUCACGGAGUCCUACUUAAGGAGCUUCUCCUUUUUCAGUUGUUCAGAAAAUAAAGCAAAGUCAUAUGGGCUUAAGUCUAUCCCUUGCAGUUUUCUCUCAAGUGACCCAGUUUAUGCCAUUGAGUCCAGCUCUUCUCUCGAUUUCACCAACUUAUCCUUUUGCCGGAAGCAAAAGGAAAGAAGUGUCAGCGGAAGAAGAGUAAUAGCACAGAACCCGAAAUCGAAUGCAUUGAUAAACCAGCAAAAGGACAAAUUAGGUCAAGGAGGUUACGGGACUGUUUAUAAAGGAAGACUCUCAAAUGAAGUUUUUGUUGCAGUAAAGAUUCUUAAUGAUUUCAAAGGGAAUGGGGAAGAGUUCAUUAAUGAAGUGAGAACAAUGGGUACUAUUCAUCAUGUUAAUGUGGUUCGUUUGGUCGGGUUUUGUGCAGAUGGAUAUAAACGAGCUUUAAUUUGUGAAUUCUUACCAAAUGACUCAUUAGAAAAGUUCAUAUUUUCAACAUUUGGUAACAAUCGUUCACUUGGUUGGUGUAAGCUUCAUGAUAUUGCUAUAGGCAUAGCUAAAGGAAUUGAGUAUCUUCACCAAGGUUGUGAUCAAAGAAUCCUCCAUUUUGAUAUCAAACCUCAUAAUAUUUUGCUUGAUCACAACUUUAAUCCGAAGAUCUCUGAUUUUGGUUUGGCCAAAUUAUGUUCUAAGGAGCAAAGCACAGUAUCUGUGACAGCAACAAGGGGGACCAUGGGCUAUAUUGCACCAGAAAUGUUAUCCAGAAAUUUUGGGAGUGUGUCUUAUAAGUCAGAUGUUUAUAGUUUUGGUAUGUUAUUGCUUGAAAUGGUAGGAGGAAGGAAGAAUAUUGAUGUUACGGUAGAAAACAUUAGUCAAGCAUACUUCUCGGAAUGGCUCUAUAAUCAUUUGGAUCAAGAGCAAGAGGUACACAUCCGAAUUGAGGAAGAAAAUGAUACUAAAAUAGCAAAGAAGCUAAGUAUCAUAGGACUUUGGUGUAUUCAAUGGUAUCCAUCAGAUCGCCCUUCGAUGAAGGUGUGGACCCGCAUUUUUCAUGUGCGCUCCCACUAG